UCAGUCACCGGUAACACUGGGUCCCUCAUUGGCUCCACCUCCUUCAGCGUCUCCUCGUCUAGGAUACGCAGCCCGAGGAGGCACCACCAUCAGUAGCACCGCCCAGGUGCCCACACCGGCUGCGCUUAAGCUUCGCCGUCCCGCCACCGCUGCCGCCCCCCAAGAAGAAACGUCGGCCGCCCCAGGGGCAGCAGUCGACGCUUCCGGCACCAGCCAUGUGCACGCCGGUAUACAGAUCAUAGUGGGGCGAGGGCCACAGUGGCUUUCACGGCAUGGAGGUGGAGGUCCGCGAGGAGGCCGCUGUCGCUGACAGAGCCCCCUCGCGGGAAACCACCGCACUACUGGGCAACAAUACUCCUUACUAUCCCAUCACAGAGAGCCCGGUGGUGGUAGUCCGUGUCGAAGAAGUGCUGCUGGUGGUCCUGGUGUUAAUCAUCUGGGCGGGGGCCAUCGCGCUGUUCUUCAAUCGCUGGGGCAAAAUCCGAAUGCUGGAGCCCUAUCAACCCAAGUUCAGGGGCGGCGCUUCCUCGGGGUCAGUGGCGCCCAGCGUGGGCGGGCCAGGCGCGGGGGCGGGAACUGGUCAUCGACCCAGCUGCCCACUUGCCCCGUUGUCGCCUCCCGGUCUCGGACAGGCGCGCAUGUCUUUCUCAAAAUACAACGUGAACGCGCUGACUGAUCCUCUGUCCGUUCUGCCCUCGCCCAUUAUUCGCCGCCCCAGGCAGAACAGCGUGUUUGUGGGCAGUCCCGGUGCAUUGGCUGCCCUCACGAUGGGCGCACCGCCGCCCAGAAGGGUCAAGUCAGCCGUUGAUAUACAACAUCUGCUCGUCGCGUCAGAUCGGAUAUCGCCGACUGGGAACAGGAAAGGCUCCAUAAUCCCCAUCUUUCCAGCCAGAGACCGUCGGCAGUCUUUGAUCACCAUCGAGCGUUCAGCAGUGACGAGGCAUCGUCGGCCAUCGACAGCUGUCGAUCGGCCGUUUUGUCCGCCCUUGCACCGACCAAGGCGGUCUUCGUGCUUCGUCACCUCACCGGGCCCUCCCACACAACAUACGCGUCAACAUCGGAAUUUCAUGAGCUUCGAGCUAGAACGUCGAGCUAAGCAACAAGCUCUAGCAGAAAAACCAUCCUGCAGCUAUCAUCCGACCAUCAGCUUCGAAACACCAAUGGAGUCUAUGGAGGCGUCAGUUGAGACCAUGGACGUCAGUACUACCGUAGAGGAUACAGCUGAGAAACCUCUGGUGACGUAUCCGGGAGCGAAGCCGAAGAUGUCUCGUAGCUUCGAACAGCCUCCGUUGAGGGACAGACCUCGACCAGAGAGGCUGGCGAACAGCUUGGACGUUAGCUUCAGCUUCGACCGACGAAGCUCGAUCCCUGAAGAGGACAAAGACGAGGAUAAGGAUCGAGCCUCACCUAUCUACAUCAACAUGGAGGAGACGAAGAUCACCGCUCCUUUGCUGGAAAGCCUCAAGAGUUCCGAUGUAUGAUGACGGUGGAUUUAUUUAGGUUCUAGAGUUAUGUUGAUCGGUUGAUAUUGUUUCGUAGAAAAAUUGAAAAAAGAAAGCAGAUACCAAGAUUACAGCUCCUCAUAAAUUGAGGCGUAAGAUGAUGCUGACUUUCUUUUGGUCUUAGGAUUAUGAUGUUGGAUUGAUAUUAUUCGAUAAAUCAGAUGGCUGCCUCUCAACUGGAAGAUAUCAAAAGCUCAAACGUAUAAUGACGAUGGUG